AUGGGGAAGGGAGCGGGAAAGGAUAGGGGCAGCUCAUCCAUCAGUGUGUGGAAAAAGGACCUCGGGCCCAAGCUGGGGGAUGUGUUUCUAAGAACCAGCUUAGAGUGCGCAAAGAAUGGAGAGAGGAACAAACCAAUGGGCCUCCAUCCCAACGGGGUGAUAAACGGCGGAAACCCCCCGGAUGGAAGUAAUGGUAGCAGUAGUAGUAGUAUCUGCAGUAGUAACUGCCCCCUGGAGGGCGGCGGAAGAAGGGGGAUCAGCAGAUUUACCAAUUUCGCAUGCAGAGAGGAAUUCAUAUUCGACGAAAACAUAACGUGCUUCCCAAACUAUAUGCACAAGUCAUCCCUAAACAUAAAAAAGAAGAUAGACAUCUGCGAUCUGAUCGUUGAAGUGAGAGACGCCCGAUUGCCUUUUACCAGCACGAAUGACUUCAUCAUGGAGAGCAUAGAAAAGAGAAGCAAGGACAAAAAAAGAAUCAUUAUCCUAAAUAAAGCGGAUUUAAUUCCCAAAAAAGUAGCCCUAAGUGCAAAAACCAUAAUUGAAGAGAAGACAAAACAUAUGUGCUUCUUGACGUCAGCCAAAUUUAAUAAAAGCAUCUCCAAAAUUAGGGACGUGUGUAGAGAAAUGAAGCCCCAAUUUAGGAGCCUCGGAUUAUUUACCUUGCUAGUGGGACUACCCAACGUUGGUAAGUCUAGCAUCAUUAACUCCUUUAAAGACGUGACGCAUAACUUAGCCAAGUAUGGACACAAGAACAACAAAAUAGCCUUCGAAGUGAAUAGGAAGAGAGCCAAGACGAACGUCAUUGCGGGGACUACUCAGAUGAUUGAUACGUAUAAAGUUUCAAACAGCCCGCUGCUCUACUUUAUCGACACGCCGGGGAUUUAUUUACCCAAAAUGGAAGACAAAGAAAUUAGCCUCAAGUUAUGUGCCAUAGGAAACGCCCUCGAUUACAAAUACGAUCACAUGUAUGUAGGAGAUUACAUUUUGUACACUUUAAAUAAGAGCAGACACUUUAACUAUGUUAAGAUGAUUGGGUUGGAGGAACCAACCAAUGACAUCCGCUUUGUCUGCAAUGUCAUAGCGACAAAGUUGAACCUGUGUAGGAAUUAUAAAUACCUCGACAUGAAUGGUGGCUGCCGCUACUUUAUUGAUAUGUUUCGGUUGGGCUUGUUUGGGCGCAUUUGCCUGGACAACGUGCCCCGCUCCUCCGAAGACUUUGUCACCUACUUUGACUUCAAUUCGGCGGAACCCCUCGCCGUGGACGCGCGCGUAGGUCCCGCACCAUUUCGCGGCCUACUCUAG